CGUAUUUGCAUCUGCUGUGUUUUUUCGGACUUUAUUAUUGUGAUGUCCGGAAAUCUGUUAGUAACUGGAAACUUUCUUUCAUUUUAACUGUCACUUUUGAAGUUAUUUACAUCAAUAAAAGUUUUUCCACUUUCUUCUGGAAGCAAAGGAAUCUUGAUUCUAUCCUUGUGUGAAGAGAAGGGAAUGGAGUGAAAACAGUUGAGUGAUUACGAUAUACAUAUUUCUAUACUGGACUACAAACUGGAUCAGUAACUUGCAAGAGAUUUUUUUCGAAAGAUGUCGGAAAGAAAUAAAUCUCAGAUCUAUAAUCAUGAAGAGCUGGAAGCUGAAAUUCGGAGAGUUCGUGAAACAGAAGAAUUUAAUGAAGCGGCUAACUUUAAGAAAUCGAAACAUUCACUAGAUAGUGAUGAAGAUGAUGAUGAGGAGGAAUUGUCUAAAAAGUACAAUGUUAUGGAUCCUAGUGAACUGGAAGGCCAAGAAGAGGGAACCAUCGAUUAUGAUGGGGAAAUAAAAAUUACUCCUUUCAAUAUGAGGGAAGAACUAGAAGAAGGUUUUUUUGACAAAGAAGGUACUUACAUCUUUAACAAAGAGGCAGAUGUUAUUAAAGAUCAGUGGUUGGAAGAUAUUGAUUGGAUUAAGAAUGUAAUUUUACAGGUAAAAGCUACAGAGGGUUCUAAGAGAAAACUAGAUGACGACACUGAUGACAGUGAUGAAGAACCACCACAGAUAAAUCUUGUAGAACAUUAUACUGAAAUGUUAAAACUAAUGCAACCAAAAGAAACAGUCCAGAAGGCUAUCUGCCGUUUGGGUGGUAAAAGUUCAUCUUCCAGAAAUGCCAGCAGCCGUUGGAAAAAGAAGAAAGAUGCUGUUUCUUCGUUGACAGACAAUGAAACAGAUGAAGAUUAUGAAAAACUCCAGCGUCUUACCAGUCUGGCUGAUGAUAUUAUACACUCUGGAGACAUGGAUAUUUAUCAACAGACAUAUGAAAAGUUAUCUUAUUAUGUAGAUUCUAAAAGAAAUAGUGAAAAAACAGAUCCAAGUAGUACAGGAGAUACAGAAGAGGCAUUAGAUAUGUUUGGUGAGGACUUUGAUGAAAACGUUGAUCCAUCUAAAACUCCUGCACAACCUUCUGAAAACUCACCACCUCAUGAAGCUGUUGAUCCUAAUUCUGAAGUCAUGUGGGAAUUCAAAUGGGAUGCAUCAGAGGAUGCUAAAAUAUAUGGACCUUAUCCAACAUCUCAGAUGUUACACUGGACCCAAGAAAAAUACUUCGAUGAUGGAGUUCUUGUGAGGCAAGUUGGCAAACAGGAUUCAGAAUUUUACUCAUCCAAAAGAAUUGAUUUUGAAUUGUAUUUAUAAAGCUGUCACUUGUCAUUCAGACUGAUAUGCGAAGGCAAAGUGAUUUAUAAAUGGCACCUGAUUAUGAUAAGCAAAAUAACUUUUUUUUUAAAAAAUUAAUAUUAUAACAAUUCAAACAUCUUCACUGUGUAAGACAGGGUGUUUAAAAAGGACUGCAUGAUUGAAUAGCUCUUGAAUGGCUAGUUACAGGCCUAUUAUUCCAUUUUAAAAAUUGUUUCGAAUAAUCAAACAUUCAUGCCAUAUAAGAUUAUGUAUAUACAGUCUUAUAGUAAAAAUAUAUGAAGUUUGAUAGAUUCUUUGAAGAGGUAAGUACCAUGCAUAUGUCACCCUAGACAGUACAGUAGUUAGCAAAAGCUCAUUUCUAGAUUUCCUAGAUGUGGGUUCAACAUUCAUGUAAAGCAUGGUUGUUCAUGUGUAUCCUUUUUUCUCUUGGGUAUUAUUGUCGGUCUACUCUCUGUGAUGCACCCUAGGGAACAUUUUCUGCGACGAGAUAGUUAAAGGGCCAAUUCCAACUAAUGACACUGAACAAGUGUAUGUAAAAAAAAAAAAAAAAA